CGGAAGAAGUGAAAGAACAGCUGGCAUCCGAGGCGCGCUCAAAAUAACCUAAAGCCUUACGGAUAUGUCCAAAUCUGUGCUCAUUUUUUGUUUAACUUGUUUGCUUGGACCGAUGUUAUCUAUCCAGAUGUGUGACAUUAUGAUAGACCUGGAGAUGGAGAAAGAUGAGUGUCUGGCACAGUUGGAAAAUAUCACAUCAGACUGCGACGGCGAAUGGAACUUUGCGUGCUGGCCAUCGGCUAGCGCUGGAGAGUUGGUCACUAUCCCCUGUCCCAAUUAUUUCAGUCACGUCAGCGAUCAAAAAGGUAACAUAUCAAAGACCUGUACUGAGGACGGCUGGACCGAUAUUGACCCCAGUGUUUUGGCACAGAACUGUGGCUAUAGUCUCAAUUUCACAGAGGGUGAAGAUGUGGGUGAAUUCCUGGUCUCUGUGAGGAUCGGAUACACCAUUGGCCACACCAUGUCUCUGAUAUCCCUUAUCGUCGCCGUCUUUAUUUUGUGCUUUUUCAGGAAACUCCACUGCACAAGGAACUACAUCCACGUCCACCUGUUCCUGGCCUUCAUCGUCAAGGCCGUCUCGGUCAUCAUGAAGGACGUGGUGCUGUACGUGGUGGUGGAGCCGGAUGAGUGUGACUCAGGAUCCGUGGGGUGCAAGGCAGCGAUGGUCUUCUUCCAGUACGGGGUCAUGGCCAGCUUCUUUUGGCUGCUAGUGGAGGGCCUCUUCCUGCACGCCCUCCUCGCUGUCUCCUUCUUCUCACAUAGGAAGUACUUCUGGUGGUACAUUCUAAUUGGCUGGGGAGUUCCAGCAGUCUUCAUUACAGCAUGGAGCAUUACAAAAGCAUACUUAAACAAUGUCGGAUGCUGGGAUAUUAUUGAUGAUAAUCUCUGGUGGAUUAUAAAAACGCCUAUUUUGGUAAUAAUUCUGAUGAAUUUUGUUCUCUUCAUAUGCAUCAUCCGGAUCCUUCGACAGAAAAUCAAUUGCAGAGACAUCGGCAGGAGUGAAUCGAACCAGCACUCGAAAUUGGCAAAAUCAACUCUGCUCUUGAUUCCGCUAUUUGGAAUAAACUACAUCAUUUUUGCCUUUAUUCCUCACGACAUACAGUCAUACAUGCGCCUGGUGUUUGACGUUAUCUUGGGUUCUUUUCAGGGCUUCUGUGUUGCUGUCUUGUACUGUUUCCUGAAUGGAGAGGUGCAGUCUGAGAUCAAGCGUAAAUGGAGGAGGUGGCACAUGCAGAGGUUCUUGGACACUGACAUCAGGUACCAGCAGCCAUCUUUGGUGAGCAACGGUAACGCUACCCAGAUCACCAUGCUGACCAAGUGCAGCCCUAGCACCCAACGCGCUUCCAGCUGCCCGGACAACUUCUCUACCAUCUGAGCCUGGCUGACAGACGGAGUCCCAUGGCUCUGGCUGCGGAGUCCGCAGCUCUUCCCAAUGGUCCCAGGACGCUCCGGCCAGAAGUCCGAUUCUGCUCACCACUGCCCUAGCAGCUCUGCUUUUCACCGGGAGUAUGUUGUCUCAUGACUGGGGGUUUUUGACCGUUGGUGUUAGAUAAGCGCCAUGCAUGGUCUCCAGCGCGUCCAUGCGUUGAUGUUUGUGGUCUUUCUCGUUCAUCAGUCAGUGGAGGAGAAGUAUCAAAGGGGAAGUAGGAAAGGAAGCACCUCCCCCUUUUUUGGCACAGAGAAAACCUCAUUAUCAAGCUUCCUCGACAUGUGAAUGUUUAUAACCACUCAGCUAGCUCUUCUCUGUGUGCAAGGCCAGCGUCUGUUGUGCCAAGGCAGAGUGGGAUGCCACGCUCUGCUUUCAAACGUCUCUCUAGUGAAGUGGCUGCUGGCAAACCCUUCUGGGUGAGGUGAGGCCUGUGGAAGACAGUCAUCCCCAGUCCUCCCACCACAGACACAUGCGGCUCUUUGCCGUUACUGGCUUGACAUUUCACGGUCACCUCCCACUCCUCCUUGGCCUCAUUAAGCUGUUCAUGUUGCCAUAAGGAUGCAUUUCCCCAGCACCUAAUUACCUGUAAAAUUACUAAUGACAUAAAACCUCAGAGAUGUGCACUGGGCCCCAUCAUGGUGGCCCCUCCUCUGGCGUCGUGGUUCCCACGGCACGACCUCUGCCAUGUGUUCUAUGUUUUGGUUUUAUUUAUUUCCACUUUUGUUUCUAGUCUUUUGCUUUGUUUAUUUGUUAGUGUUUCCAUCUGUCUUGUUAACAUUUGUUUGUGUAUUUAUACCCCUUGUUCAAGUUUCUCCUUUUUGGCAAUUGUUGUAAAUCCACCUAGUUUCAUGCUUAGCCUGGUUACAUUUACUGUUCUGUUUGCUUGGUGCUUCGCGUUCUGUAUCAUUUUCGGUAUUGUUGCCCUUUGUUUUGUUAAAAGACCCUUUCAGCUGCACUUGCAUCCUGUCAACCCCCUGUGUGAGCUGUUACGUGACAUAAUGACUGACAACCAAAGGAUGCAGCAGAAGGACCUCACUGAGCUCAUGGAGGAGACAUCCGCGUACUCUUCGAUACCUGACUGUACUGAAGCCGAACGAUGGAUCAAGCGGCAGGUGGUGCAUCGGUUGGCAGGACUUGGUGUUUUGAAUGGGAUACCUCUGGGCUGGGGGAGAUUGCCAGAUUGCCUGCAUUCCUGCAGACGCAGCUGCCCUGUUCGAAAUGUCCGGGGCAGGCCCGUACUAGGUCAAUCCAACUCUGCCCUGAGGCCCGCAUCUGUUGUGGAAAACCCGGCCCAGUUUCCCGUUCCCACGUGGAAAAAGCCAUUCUGCCUUCUAUCUCCUGCUCUCCAGUGGUCACCUCCU